AUGCCCUCGGCUCCUGCACCUAUCGUCGUCCUCGGCGCAGGCAUCAUCGGCCUGACCACCGCCGUGCGACUGCUCGAGUCCGCCCCUGUACGCAAGGGCAAGAUCCCGGUCCAUGUCAUCGCGGACCAUCUCCCCAAUGACCCGCUUGACGCGCGGUAUGCUUCAACAAUAGCCGGAGCCCAUCAUCUGAGCUUUGCGGAUGAUUCGGAUACGCGCCAGUCCAAGGCGGAUCGGAGGAGUGAGCCUGCGUUCGAGGUGAUGUAUGAUGAGUGGCGGAAAGAGGGGGAGAAGACGGGUCUGAUGCUGCUCAAACAGACCGAGUUCUAUGUGGGGACGAAGGAGCAUCUGAAGAUAUAUGAGCAGCAUCCCGAUUUCAUCAUCAACUCCGUAGGGGAUAUGAAGCUCUCAUUCCCCGCCGACCACUCUAUCGCCUUUACAUCCCUUACCAUGACGCCCCUCACGUACCUCAACCGUCUCCUUGCACGGAUCUCCAGCCUCGGCGGGCGGAUACACCGGGCGCACCUCCCCUCCCUCUCCCAUCUCUCACACACCGGCAUCACCUCCCUCAUCGGGUCCGCCCCGAGUACCGUUAUCGUAUGCACUGGACUCGGAAGCAUCUCGCUCGGCGGCGUCGAAGAUACGACUGUCUAUCCUACUCGGGGCCAGGUAGUCAAAGUCCGAGCACCAUGGGUCCGGAAUGGUUUCACUCGGCAGCUUGGAAGUCUGGACGGCGGAGAGGGCGGCGAGCGGACGUAUGUCAUCCCCAGACCGGACGGGGAGGUGAUACUAGGUGGAACGAGAGAGGAGGGGGAUUGGUACCCCUAUCCCAGGGAAGAGACGAGUAGGGAUAUACUCCGGCGCGCUCUCGAGAUCUGCCCGGAUCUACAGCCGGCCCAUCAGGUAGCGCCUGCUCUAGCGGUGUCCGGUCCGCCUUCGCCGGAGAAGGUCGAUGAGAUGAAGACGGGAGAGGAGGGCGCGCUGGAUGGGAUGGUCGUCACUCACUUGGUGGGGUUCAGGCCAUCGCGGAAGGACGGAGUCAGGCUGGAGCGAGGGCCAGAGGUGAAGCUGGAGACCGGUGAGAGGGUCAAGGUAGUUUACAAUUAUGGGCAUGGAGGUGCCGGAUGGCAGUGCUGCUGGGGGUAUGCAGAGAGCGCGGUGGAUCUCGUACUGGCUGAUCUGCCGGCUCAAGCAAAGCUGUGA